UGGAAUGACUUUCUUUAUUUUAGUUGUAACAGUUGGAGGAUAAUGCAAAGGAAGACACUGCCUGGGAAUUCACCGUCUGUGGACAUGCGCCCCAGAGAGGACUAAAGCAGCCCUCACCUUGCUCUCCCAACCCGGAUCCCCCUUUCCAGCCCGGCCCGGCCGGUACCCCGACCCCACCAUCACCCGCUUCCCUCCCUCCCACCUCUCCCCCUUUCCCACCCAGGUGUCGGACCAGGCGGUCCCCACUUCCACCCUGCACCCCUUCUUCCCCCCCUGCACCAUGAACACCAAUGUCUGCGUGGAGCCCGGGCCGAGCCCGGAGGCCCCGGGCUUGCCCAAGGAAAGCCACCUGCCCGAGGGGGCCCUGAACAGCCUUGUGGAUUACAACUCGGAGAUGGAGCGCUACCGCUCCUUUGCCACCUCCUUCUACAAGACCAACGGGGGCGCCUUCCCGCAGGCAGCCAAGAUCGCGCGCAUCACCACCCCCAUCUUCCCCAGCAGCGCCGCCGCCGCCGCGGCCGCCGCACGCAUCGGCAUGUCCCCGUGGAACUGCGACAACGCGGCCACCGCCGCCGCCACCGCGAUGCUCUGGGGCAGCGGGGGCGGGGGCGGGGGCGGCGGGGGCGGGGGUGGGGGCGGCGGAGCCGGCAGGAAAUCCUCCUCGGCCGCCGCCGCCUCCUCCGCCUCCUCCUCGGCGAUCCUCCCCGCCGCCGGCGGUGGCGGCGGCGGCGGCGGUGGUGGUGGCGGCGGCGGCGGCGGCGGCGGCGGCGGCAGGACCAGCAUGCACCACCGGAACGACUCCCAGCGGCUGGGGAAGGCUGGCUGUCCGCCAGAGCCGUCGUUGCAAAUGGCAAAUACUAAUUUCCUCUCCACCUUAUCCCCCGAACACUGCAGACCUUUGGCGGGGGAAUGCAUGAACAAGCUCAAAUGCGGCGCUGCUGAAGCAGAGAUAAUGAAUCUCCCCGAGCGGGUGGGGACUUUUUCCGCUAUCCCGGCUUUAGGGGGCAUCUCAUUACCUCCAGGGGUCAUCGUCAUGACAGCCCUUCACUCCCCCGCAGCAGCCUCAGCAGCCGUCACAGACAGUGCGUUUCAAAUUGCCAAUCUGGCAGACUGCCCGCAGAAUCAUUCCUCCUCCUCCUCGUCCUCCUCGGGGGGAGCUGGCGGAGCCAACCCCGCCAAGAAGAAGAGGAAAAGGUGUGGGGUCUGCGUGCCCUGCAAGAGGCUCAUCAACUGUGGCGUCUGCAGCAGUUGCAGGAACCGCAAAACGGGACACCAGAUCUGCAAAUUUAGAAAAUGUGAAGAGCUAAAGAAAAAACCUGGCACUUCGCUAGAGAGAACACCUGUUCCCAGCGCUGAAGCAUUCCGGUGGUUCUUUUAAAGCCGUAGUAUAUCUUAUUUUCAAGGCAUUUGGAAAUAAAGGGCAAACUAAUGUCUUGUUUUAAGAAACCACUUACUCCACCAUUGAAGAAAAUAUCCAGAAAUUAUUUUCAUUUUAUGUAUAGGGAUUUCUUCAAAAAACAAGAGGAAAAGAAAAGAAAAAAGACAUAAAAAUACCAGGGAAGCUUGGGGAAUUGGCCAGUCUAUUUGCUUUCAAUACACUGAUCCUUCCUUUGAUGUAAUUUAGCUAUACUAGUGAAGUUGUUGUCUAUUUUGAAAGUGGCUGUAAAAAAAAAAUAAUAAGUUUGGGUAACCCCCGACUGUAAAAUCAUGUAUCUUUGCAAAGUACAUAUCUAUACUUCAUUUUCAAAUAUAUGUGAUUCAGUACUGUAAACUGUACAGAUAGCAGCUUGUAUUUUGUGUGUUUAGACACAAGGAGACAAUCAUGUCUGAGCAUCUAUGGAGAUUAACAGUUUGUACACAACAGUAUGGUUCUGCAAGUUAAAUCUGGAGCAAUAAAUUUUAGCUUUAAAUAUUUUUGCCAGUUGUUUGUAGAAGCAGCAGCAGCACUGGUGAUAAUUCAUGCAUCUUUCUGUAGAAACUGAAUGGGCAGUUUCACAAGACUAAAAGAUAAUGCUGCAUCCAGCAUUUACCUUCAAUUGUGUCAAUGUAAGAGGGGAAGCUACUGUGAAGGUCUCAAUUAAUCUUUUGAGCACUAUAUUAGAGUAGUGGUUAUGCACUUGCGUUGCUUACAAACGAGCUGUAUAGAGGGUAUACCCCCAAAUACUUAGUGUAGUUGACUUGUUUGGGUUGCACUGUAAGGGGAGUACUCAGAAUAGUUGGAAAAUGCAGAAUCAAUUGUAUAAUUUUUUAUUUAAAAAAAAGUGUUUUCUAGGCUGAAGUUAUCAGAUCAUAGAAAAAGAAAGUCAUGCCUGACAUUUUUUUUUCCUAGCCAUAUACAGGCUGCCCAAGCUUUUUGAUUCUUUGUUUAUUUUUUUGCUUUGUGAAGGGGUAGAAAAAGUAAAAACAGAAGAGUAUUCAUAUGUUUUAAUUCCAUGUAUGACACUGAAUGGAUAGGUUUAAAACAACACUUGAAUGCAUUGAAGCCUACUUUAAGACAUGGCUGGGCAUAUUUUCAAGUUAAAAAUAAUUAAACACAUUCAUUAAAAGUGAAUCUUUUUGGUUUCUUUAUCUUCCUUUCCAUAGCCUCUUGGUUGAACUAAUGUUCUUCCCCCAGGCUCUCAGAGGAAUACCCACCGCUUCCAUCUCCAUUUUUAUCACUGGAUGCUUUCUUUCCAUGAAGCAAGGCCACAGCAUGAGGAAUUUGAUUAAAAAA